AUCUUAAUAAAUCUUUGAUUUGAAAAACAGGAAGCAAAAGAGAAGAAGAGAAGAGAACAAAUGGGAUGGAACAAAGAAUACGAUGGGUACACUAAUGCUGAUAAUCCAUUUGGAGAUGCUCAUUUAUUAGAAACAUUUGUCUGGCACAAGAAAAGAGAGAAACAUGGUGAAGCUGACUUAAGUGAAGAUGAAAGAAGAAUAUUUGACAAACGAAGACAAAUGGAAGCAAGAAAACAACUUGAAAGAGUGAGGGAAAGAAGAGCUGAAAGAGAACGAGAAAUGGUUUUAAGAGAAGAAGAAAAGGAAAGGAUGCAAAGAGAAAAAGAAUCUACUUAUUACAGUGAAUGGGAAAAACAGGAAGACAAGUUUCAUCUUCAACAAGCUAUGCUWCGGUCAAAAAUACGAAUCCAAGAUGGCAGAGCCAAACCUAUCGACCUCCUGGCACAAUACAUCAGUGCAGAAGAUGAAGACUUGGACAUCAAGAUGCAUGAGCCAUAUACAAUGCUAGUGGGUUUAACUCAAGUUGAUUUAUCAGAUUUAUUAGAAGAUAUUAAAGUGUAUAUGGAGCUGGAACAAAAUAAGAAUACUGAGUACUGGCAGGACAUAACUACAAUAUGUAAAGAUGAGYUACAAAAACUGAAGAAAAAAGUACAUAAAGAUCAGUUUGCAAGAAGAGAAGGAAUGCACGAGGCUGUUCAUACAGAUGUUGCUAAGAUAUUCACAGGAAAAACGCAUUCACAGUUAAUAGCGUUAGAAAAGCAAAUAUACUCCAAAAUAUCUAGUGGUGAUGCUGUUGACAUUGGGUACUGGGAAUCAUUGUUACAACAACUUAAAGUAUUUAUGGCGAAGGCAAGGUUAAAAGAAAAGCAUCAAAGAAUGCUAAGAGAGAAGUUGAAUCAAUUAAAACAAAAGAAAACUGAAUCCAAUGAUUCAACUGRAGAAAUUGAACUAAGUGAGUCCGAAAGUGAGCCAGAAAAAGACGAAACAAAAGUGGAACAAACUGAAAAACAAGAUGAACAAGAAAGAGAAAGAAUUGAUGACGAACAGCCAUCAACGAGUAAAAAUUGGAGGGAUGAAUCAGAUGAAGAAGAGGACAAAAAUGAUGACAAUGAACCGCCGAUUGAAGGGCAAACAUUGUCUCUUUUCACUGAAGAAGAUCUGUUAGAGGAAUGUUAUUCAGCWUAUGCAGCUGGGAAUUAUAGUCCUAAGUUAAUAAAAACUGCAGAUGUUGAAGAGAACUUGAUAAUGGAUCCAUUUGAAGACUGGGAAAAACUGCUGUCACUGAGAGAAGAUGUCAGAGGUGGAGGCACACAUUUGGUCAAAGCACUGGAGAGUUCAGCCAUGGAGAAAGAAGAGGCCAGCAAAGGACUUGGCCCUGAUGAAGAGACAUUUAAUGUCCCWGUUCCUUUAUCUCAAAAGACCUAUACUUGGGAAGAUAAAUACAGACCAAGAAAACCAAGAUUCUUCAACAGAGUUCACACCGGUUAUGAGUGGAACAAAUAUAACCAAACUCAUUACGAUAGUGACAAUCCACCUCCCAAGAUUGUUCAAGGAUAUAAAUUCAAUAUAUUUUAUCCAGAUCUGAUUGAUAAGACUAUUGCACCUGAAUAUUAUGUGGAUCCAGAGAAGGAUUCACCGGACUUUGCUGUAUUGAGAUUUCAUGCUGGUCCUCCCUAUGAAGACAUUGCUUUCAAGAUUGUAAACAGAGAAUGGGAAUAUUCACAUCGGAAAGGAUUUCGCUGUCAAUUUCAUAACAACAUAUUUCAACUUUGGUUUCACUUCAAGCGAUAUAGAUAUCGUAGAUAGUGACAUCUGUCAAUCAAAAAUCUGUAUAUAUAAUCAGCGUAUCUUACUGUAAGGACCUCGAAGAGAUAAAGAAAAUGACCAGUAUUGUAUUAAGCCCCUAUGAAUCGUCCUCCAGCUUCAAUAGGUAAGCAAGCUUGUUAUAGCAGAGAAUAUUGCAAGGAAUCUUCCCUUCCCACCUAGUCAAGCAUUAAUAUUGCAAAUACUUUACAAAAAUCCAGACAUUUUCUCUUCAAAGACUUGUUUAUUUGUGUAAAAUAUAAGUGUGAAUUGUUAACAAAAAUCUUUGUWUUAUAUUAAUGUAUUUUUAUAAUGCUGAAAACCACUACAAUAAUUAUGUUGUAUGGCCUUGUAAUUUUGUAUGAACUUUCUACAUGUAAGUCGUAAAAACUAUUAAAAUCCAAUUAUUAUUUAAAAUAA